ACGUCCAGGAUGUCAAAUAAUCCAGCAGAAUCGCAGAAAGGUACAGACGUAAGGAGUUUAAUAGACGCAGUAGGAAAUGCAGGUGUAGAUAUCGAAGCUGAGCACGAGGCUAUCCUACAGUCAAAUGAUAUCCUACAAUCUAGAUACGCUAAUAGUAUCAGGCAACAGAGAGCACACACUCAGGACUUUCUCAAUAAUGCUAUUUUAAGAGAUAAAAUACGGGCUGCAGCCGCACCUCAUCAGUUACAACGAGUAGACGAGGAUUGCUUGCAGUUCCUAGCUUUAGCUACACAAGCGAGGCUGAGGCAUCUUGUCGAAUUAAUGAUACAGGCCAACUAUCAUCGCUGUAGUAGCUCACAUAUCGUUGAACCAACUACACUCCCAAAUGGCACACCGUUGUACUCGCAGGAAAUCAGGACAGAUGUCGAUAAACAACUCCAAGCGCUGGAGAAGAUCGAAAGGGAACAGGAAACGAAAGCUAGACGUCAGCGUGUUGAACGUAUUACCCAGGAGAGGGAACAGAUGCAUCUCAUACAAUCACAACAGCAACAACAGCAAUUCCUGGAAGAAGAUGACCAAAAGAAGAAAAAGCGCAAAAAGGACCUCUCAACUGCUAAAAACAUGAGCGAUGACGUACAAAAGAAGCUCUCAGAUCAGACCGCGUUGAGGAGUGCGGGUCUGGCACCAAAGUAUAGCUGGCUGACUGGUACAUCCGCGUCGUCCACCCCUAAGGGCUCUUCUAACCUCCCAAAACCGAAAUUCCAACCACAACAAUCAAAUCUUUCCAUAAAGAGCUCACAACAGAAGAUUUUAGGGCCACCUCCGCAUGAUGCACACCUUGGACAUGGUAAUAUUAAUAUAAACGAUGCUUUAUUUGCCCUCGAAAGAGAAAAGGGUAUGGGAGCAGGCAGGGGUUCU